AUGGCUAACGGCUUCCUCGUUACGAAGAACAAAGAAAUGAACGUUCGCCCUCUACCAUUUGUAAACACGCAGCGCACGCUGUUGAAAGAAACCCCUCACGGCACUUACGUGAGGAAUUCGAACGGAAAUGCAAGCAGCUUCCAAGAAAAAGACACCAACAGAAUGACGAUGGACGAUUCUGCCAGUCUGGUGCCGUUCCGAGAAAUGCGCAAAUUGGGAGCAUCGACAAUAUACAUCGAAACCGUCGUUGUGACCGACAAGACUAUGCUGAUCAAAUACGGUAGACAAAACUUGCCACCUUACAUUCUGUCUGCAAUGCAAGAGGCAGCUGGUCUCUUCCGGAGCGAGACGAUCAGCACUGACGUUCGGCUCGUACUCUCGUACUUUCUCAUUCUAGAAUCGGAUAGGGAGAGCGGCCUAGAGAUCACAAAAGACUCCAAACGCACACUCAAAAAUUUUUGCCGUUGGAAAACGACAUUGACUCCAAGCUUGCCCUCUCACGACAUAGCACUUCUCUUUACCAGAAACGAUCUCUGCAUCCGAAGCAGUGCAACUUGUGCUACGUAUGGUGGGUUGGCUUUCACGUCCGGGGUAUGUCGAGAGCAUUCGAAGUGUGCAAUCCUACGAGACGACGGUACUCAUCUCGCUGCCGCAGUGGCUCAUGAAAUCGGGCACACGUUGGGCCUAAUGCAUGAUGAAGACAUUGGGUGCGACAGCCCGGAAAACAAGAGGGUGAUGGGCUCGCAUCUCUCAGGAUUCUCUCCUGCUAUUGGAUGGUCGUCUUGCAGUAACAAAUCGCUACUUGAAUUUCUUCGAUGGAACGACGCAGAGUGUUUGUACAAUGUUCCAGUGACGCUAAAUCAACUUCAGAUAGCGUCACACUCAAGAAACAAGUUGUGUCAAGAAUUACUCCUAGAUGCAACAGCGACAUCUUGUGAACACGUGAAUGCGAAUAGCUCGUGUGCUGGCGUGUGGUGCACAUCCUCGUCGACUAGCGUUUGCACUUUGUUUACGACUUCUCGUUCCGACAAAUUUCCUUGCGGCAAUCAAAAGUUCUGUGUGAACGGUCAGUGUUUGCCGGGAACGUGGACAGAAUGGAGUGAGUAUGGUCCAUGCUCUACCACAUGCUCUCAAGGAAUCAGAAACCAAGAAGGUUGUUACGGAAAUAGGACCCAGUAUCAGAUCUGCAAUUUGCGACCUUGCCCGCUUGGUUCUGACGACGCGAAAGAGACCGCGUGCGCGUCGUUCAACGACAAGCCGCAUUUCGAUGGAAAAUACUACAAUUGGGUUUUCUAUUUAUCUCAAGGCAAUCACAAAAACAAUUGCAAUGGGAUAACUGAUGUCAGCCAGAAAUGCAAACUGACUUGCAAACCGGACAGCAACAAUUUCUUUGCGGUACUGUCACCGUUCGUGCCGGAUGGAACAGCAUGCACGACGACAUAUCAACAAGCCGGUGUCUGCAUUAAAGGAAAGUGCCUAAGUGUUGGAUGCGGUGGAGUGGUUCAAUGGAAUGCUACUAGACACUCCUGCGACGUUUGUGGUGCUAAUGACACAUCAUGUCGAAUUGUAGCUUCCGUCUUCAAACGACGCAACCUGGGUUUCGGAUAUCAUAAAAUAUUUUUACUGCCACUAGGAGUUGUCAACGUCUAUGUUAAAGAAUUGGCAGGGCACGAUAAUUAUCUAGCGAUAAAAAGUGGACGGAACAAUCGCUUCUAUAUUAAUGGCGAACUAAAGAUUUCUCAACCCGGUCGUUUUUCCCAUGCCGGUACAAUCAUCCAAUACAGUAGAAUUCCAGGAGUAUCCGAAAACAUACACAUCAAGGGGCCGACAACGGAAGCUCUAGUUAUCAUGGUUAUCAUUCAAGCUCCUGUUUGCGAAGUCUUCUAUCAAUAUCAAGUGUACGAAUCUUUGCUUGAUGCUCAUGGAGUGAAAGCAAGUGCGCCGUACAGAUGGCGUUACACCACGUGGAGUAACUGUUCGCACGCUUGUGGUGGGGGUGCGCAAACACGUCGACUUGUCUGCUUUGACACGAAUACAAGCACGGACGUGGAGAAAACCCUUUGUACACAAUCAAUAAACAGAACAGACUUGAGUAGGCCGUGCAAUUUUCAGCCUUGUACUACAACAAUGUGGAGUGUCGGGUCUUGGAGUCCGUGUAGUCGCAGCUGUGGAACAGAAGGAGUUCGGAAGCGAAAAGUUAGCUGCGUAAUGCAUAUCAAUCCGAAAUUUAUGAGAAAGAUGGAACGCAGUCGAUGCGAUCAAAAGAAAAGGCCACAUGGUGUACAGACAUGCAACAGACAUUCGUGUCCAGUAGGAGUAUGGUUUGAAGAACGCUGGCAAUCGUGUUCGGUAACGUGCGGUUGGGGAUGGCAGACCAGAUCGACGACAUGUCGCAAGAAAACCAACGGCUCGUUACUGCCCAAAAGGUAUUGCGAUAGAGAAUCGAGACCAAUAAACUUCAAAAUCUGUUCACUGUCAGAGUGUGUGAGCGACGUAUCGAGAAAACAACCAGGCUGCGUUGACUUGGAAGACUGCCGACUGUUUACCAUUCGGUUAUGUGAGAAAGCGUCACGCAGACGAAAAUGCUGCUACACUUGCCAACAACUGGCUCUAGAGCAAACUUUUUCGUCCGUAGUAGAUACAGUAGUUGCUCAAAAAUAGACUGAGCAAGAAAACGAUAGAAUUAGAAGGGUAGGACAUGUGUCAGAGUGAUACUGUCUUGACACAUCUUCGUUAGUGAUAUGAUUAGGGCGAGCAGCAGGAAAGAUAAUUUCUUUAGAGCUGUGCUGUACGAUCUAGCUGUGCUGUACGAUCUAGCUGUG